AUGCCCGGCCCCAUGCUUGCCACGGGACCUAGGAUCUCACUUGUAGAUCCCAACUCAUACGAAUCAGAGGAAUUUCGACCAUUAGCUCUGCUAAGCCAAACCAUUAUCGCCCCGCCAGGAAGCGACCCUUUUACUUCAUUCGACAGCGCAGUACUGAAGGUCAGGUGUAUGCUUAUACCAGUGAGGUUUACCGCGACUCCCCAGGAAAAAGAUCAACUAUGGUUUUUCGAACACGGCAACGAUAUCGCAUACCCUACGGAUGGUAUGGACUAUAUUCAACUAGUACCCAGCAAGCUAUGGGAGAUGAGUACUGCAUUCCGACUGUAUUUUAGCAAGCCCUUUGUCUUGUCUUCGCAGUACCUUUUUCUUCCGCCUUAUGAGUAUUAUCACAGGCGCGAGGUGGACGACCCAGGUCAUACAGAAACUACUGUUUAUGGUCUUGUAGUUCAGGAAGUUGUAUCUGAUGAUGCCAGAGAAUUCAUCAAGGUCGGGACAUGGGUAGAGAACAUUCGUCGAUCGUCUCUAAUCAGUCCAAUAAUAAGUAACACAAUUGUCAAACAGGGCAUUGGGAAGAAUUCCGCUCUGGAAAAUGAAAGUCUUACAGUCACAGAACGGGUUUUCGACUCCAAACUUGGUGAGUAUGGAGAAGACAAAUUUGCUUCAAAGGUAAACUUUCCUCGGAAACUUGUGGAUAGUAUGUUGGUGCAUGGAUGGAAUACUGAAGAGCUUCAAGAAGAGGUUAGCUCGAUGGAGAAGGCUGGGGAUAAGAUGAUUAAUUGUUCUUCACUGCCAUAUUUCACUACAGCGGAGCGGGAUAUUAUCUCAUUAGUAUGA